AUAUUGUUGCCCCAAUAACAUUUGAGCAACAACUCCACAAUACUUGCUCAGACCCCUCCUAGUCAUGAGAGUCCCCACCCCUCCUCCGCCAAUCGCCGUCGCAUUCGCCGCCACACCGGAAGAAGACAUCUUCGACUCCGUCCGAGCCACCGCCGUCGUCGGAGGCCCCGCCCUCCGUAAAAAAGCCACCGGAGUCCGCCCAUGGCUCCUCCUAGAUUCCACCGGCCACGCUCAGAUCAUCGAGGCCGGUAAGCACGCUAUCAUGCGCCGAACCGGUCUACCUGCUCGUGAUCUGCGCAUCCUUGAUCCCAUCUUAUCCUAUCCGUCAACAGUUCUUGGUAGAGAACGAGCAAUUGUUAUUAAUCUGGAGCAUAUCAAAGCUAUAAUUACUGCACAAGAGGUUUUGUUGUUGAAUUCCAAAGAUCCUUCUGUUACUCCGUUUGUUGAUGAAGUUCAACGGAGGAUAUUGCGCCAUCAUCACGCUACUUCUCAGAAGGAAGCGGUUGGUGCGGAUGCUGACUGGACACAUUUGUAUGAUUUGGGUGAGCCACGGUCAAGAGAAGCUAGUCCUCCGAGAGCAGAGGCUAGUGUCAGUACUCCGGAGAGUGGCAACGAGGUUAAAGCUGAUGGAAAACAUUCUUUCGAUAAGCGAGAUGGACCAAAGCUUCUUCCAUUUGAGUUCGUUGCACUGGAGGCGUGUCUAGAAGCAGCCUGCAGCUCUUUGGAUAAUGAGGCUAGAACUUUGGAGCAAGAAGCACAUCCGGCUCUGGAUAAACUGACAUCGAAGAUUAGUACUCUCAAUUUGGAACGCGUCCGACAGAUUAAAAGUCGGUUGGUUGCUAUUACAGGACGUGUUCAAAAGGUUAGGGACGAACUAGAGCAAUUGCUAGACGAUGAUGGAGAUAUGGCUGAAAUGUAUCUGACGGAUAAACUGGAGCAACAACUCGACAAUUCUUCAUCAUCUUCUUCAUUUGUCAACGAGGAUGAUGACAUGAACGAAGAGAUUCUUCAAACAGAAACUGAUGACAGAGUUCAAAAUGAGGGUUUAAUGGAUGGGAAUGAGAAUACAAACUUACACGACCGUGACAUUCAACAAAUGGAUAGUCAAUCCGAACGUCUUUUCCGAGCUAAUACGCUCGGGAGAGAGAGCCGUGGGACCCGCACUAGCACAACACGGAGUGGUAACAGCAAGCAUUUAGACAUUGAGGAACUUGAAAUGCUCUUGGAAGCUUACUUUGUUCAGAUCGAUGGUACUCUGAACAAACUAUCCACUCUGAGGGAGUAUGUGGAUGACACAGAAGACUACAUUAACAUAAUGCUAGACGACAAGCAAAAUCAUCUUCUGCAAAUGGGUGUCAUGUUGACGACUGCAACUCUGGUGGUGAGUGCUUUCGUGGUGGUUGCUGGAGUGUUUGGCAUGAACAUUACUAUUGAGCUGUUUAAUGAUGCAACUGAUGAGCUGAAGGAAAUUGGUAUGCGUAAAUUUCUAUGGACGGUUGGUGGUGGUACCACUGGUAGCAUUUUCCUAUAUGUCAUCGCCAUCGCUUGGUGCAAAAGCAAUCGCCUGCUGGAAUAACGGACAUGAAUAUGGUUAUAGUUAUGUACACGUGGUUUUCUAUAUGCUCGGUGCGUGUUGCCAGAAGCUCCCGAGGUUUGAAACCGGCAUCUUGUGAUGUUAAUAGAAUGAAAACUUAUUCUUUGUUUCCAGCAUGGGAGUUGCUUGCUCCUUCCUAAAACACACGAGAUGUGCUUUACAUAUUUUUAAUAAAAUUGUUAUUAUUUAAAUAAAUAUCAAUUGCUUUUAUUCCUUAGUACCUAUAUCAAGAAAGGAAUUUGAUGUUA